UUCUGAGGAACAUUUUGUCGAUGUUGAGAGCGUUCUAAAGUUUCUUCAGGGAUCAUGGCAUCAACAGGUCUUCAGCUGCUGGGCUUGGUUUUGGCUUUGUUGGGUUGGGUGUUCGGGGCACUGGUGUGCGCGGCCCCUCUGUGGCGUGUGUCUGCCUUCGUAGGAGGAGAGCUAGUGAUUGCUCAGGUGAUGUGGGAGGGACUGUGGAUGAACUGCCUCUCUCAGACCACAGGCCAGAUCCAGUGCAAGACCUAUGACUCCACCCUGGCCCUGCCAAUGUCUGCCCAAGCCGCCCGGGGCCUCACUGUCCUCGCCCUGCUCCUCUGCCUUCUGGCGCUCAUGCUCGGGGUGGUGGGGGCCAAGUGUACGCACUGCAUGGGUGACGGUAACCAGGCCUCUAAGGCUCGGCUGGCGAGGAUAGCAGGGGUGCUCUUCCUUGUGGCCGGCCUUGCCUACUUGAUACCCAUCUGUUGGACGGCCCAUGCAAUCAUCAGGGACUUCUAUGAUCCGAAUAUUGCAGCGCCUCUAAAGAGAGAGCUGGGGCCGGCGUUGUACCUUGGCUGGGGGGCCAGCCUGCUGCUCCUGGUCGGGGGAUCUCUGCUGCAUGUUGGCUCUUCUCCACCAGGUGGAAGAGUGCUGCCUGUUUUUGGAGGAGCAGCAGCGAAAGACAACCCACACACAGGGGCAGCAGGGGAGGUGAAGCAACAAGAAAAAUCUUUUGUAUGA